CUAGCAAGAGCCGAAAAUGUUCAUAGUAAGCUACAAGUCUGAGUUGCCUAUUGGUGUUACAGCAUAUCAGGCUGAUUUUAAAGGUCUUAAAGCAGUUAACCUGACACUACAAAACCCCUACACCUUGAUUGGUCUUUAUCCAAGUAAGUUAACUCUGUGUAUUAUUUCUCUUAGUAGGUAUCUUAGGGUACAGUGUCAAUUUUUCUGGGCAUUGUGUCAGAAAAACAAAGAAACCCUUCAAGAAUAAAAGACGUUUUUGUCUAGGAAAAAUGUGAAAACGUAACGAACGAAACAGUGAACGACACGGAAACAAUCAAACCUAAUUUUUCGUCGGUAAUGAUGAUUACGUAGAAGUUUUGGACUUCUCAGUCAGCUUUCUACUGGUUAAUAUGCUAAAGAGUUUUCGUCAAGCCAGUGCGCCAGACACAAAGCGCGAGAAAUUUUAUAGCGAGGGAAAGCGAGCACAUUACAUUAAUGUAAAGCACAGAGCGGCAGUUCCGUUGUAGUCCUUUAGCGGAUCAGGAGAUGACAGUCUUGAUUUUGAGAUUGAGUAUUUUAUAACAAGAGUCAGGUCGUUGCAGAAAAAACUUAUCAUGGAAAGUUGCGCAAAGCAGGAUACAUAUUUUAAAUACAUUUUUCAAGUCCGUCCCCUUAUUUGGAGUCAUUAUUGUCGAUACUGUUAAUUUAAUUUUUGCGUCUGAUUCUGUGGAGUGGUAUAAACCAUUGAUAAUUAUUUUGUUGUUUUAAUUGUCACAGGGAGUGAAAUUGAACGUGAAGUAACAGUUGAAAUAAUUAAAUUCAUUGAAAACGUCGGAUAUGAGCCCUUUGGAAAGGAUUUUAAGUUUACAUACAAAGACGAGAUGAGUGAACUCGCGAAAAAGGUUAAGGCAUGUGAAACAACCAGAAAUGCCGUCGUGGAAGGUGUAUGCAAAGCAUUGGAAGGCGCAUCAGCUGGAUCUGAUAACUUAAACGCUUUUCGUCUACCAGAAGCUGGUAAGCUCAACAAUUUUCUAUCAAUUUUGUUCAUUUUCUUCAUUUGUCUUGCAAGGUUCAGUUCGAUUUGGAGUGAACGUGUUAGUGGAUUUGUAUUACGAAUUUUUGAGUCCUUGUUUUUUUUCAUUAAAUAAAAACAUGGGCAUGCUUAGCAUGUAAGAGUAAUUUUUUCGCUGGGUGGGUUGGUAUAGGACAGUUUGUGAACUUAAUGUUUUCAUUUUUGUAACCGAGAAGAGCAUAACUUUCAAAAGAACGAAAAUAUCGCCCUACUUCACCUUAUGAGAAAGACAGAAAAAAUAUUACUUUAUCUGAAAUCAUACAGAUAUUUUGUGGUCUGUUGUCUAAAUACUUCUAAGUAAAAAUGAAAUGCAUCGGUACCACGCUUACUGCUGUCUUGUUCGUAGCCGUUGUUUGAUCUCUUCACACAAUGCCCUCUAUUUCCUGUUGGAGAGAGAGUGCGUUCCGUGAUGAGACCGAAUACCGGUUGCAAAAGAGACCGUGACGCUUACUGCUGUUCCUCUAGCCAAGAGAAAAUGAAAAUUAUUCGUCUACAGUUAGUUGCCUCAAAAAUAUAACUCCGCGUAAUUUUAUGACGAAAAGCAAACUGAGACUUUGUUGUACAAAUGCAGGUUUUUUUAACUAGAAUCAACUCGCGAUUGGUUUCAAUCUGAAGGUAGCAAGAAGCGAAUUUUAUUCGUAGAGAAAGUCAAAACGCAGGAGAAUUGCGUGGAAAAUUCCCUAUCACUUUUCAUUGGGGUUGGAUAAUGCGUUUAGAAUACGUGAUAAAAUGCAGGUUGUCUAAUAGGAAAUGACACGUGAUGGAGCGAAGUCUAAUGUGGCAAAAUGGAAUUUGAUCGGUGAGAUACAAUUCAAGCACGUGAAAAAUUGCCUAAUGUUCAUGUAGUACAAUUAUUUCAGAUGUGUUUUGCUAGUUCGGUGCGGUUAGUGUAUUUCCUGUCACGUAAUCAUAGUUUAUGUUGCGUAUAUCGUUUCAAUGUUCCUUCUGUCCGAUGUAGUUCUUUCCUGUGUCGUCUUUGUCUGUGGUCACGUUGGCUUUGUAGAACACGCUGGUGAUGAGGCAGGUGUUGUCUAGCUGUUGCAUCCGUUUUGCGGUGUGGUGUUGUUGUUGGUAAGGGUUUUCUUGUUAUGGUUGUUGAUAAUGCUGCCCAUGUUCGGCAUGCAACUGUAGCUUACUUUCACGUUUUUCUUGUUAAAGACGGGGUAGAGAUUGUGGUUUGGUAGGAAGUGUUUCUUGAUUAGGUUGAAGAAGGUUUUAGCGACGUUGGUUUGGAAAUUUUUGCUGAAUGGGGGUUAAACCAGAUGAUGUUUCGUUUUCUAUUUCUUUUUGUGGGUGUGGUUGUGUUUUUCUUGCAGUAGUGAAGGCUUUCGUUGAAUCCACUUGAUCUGAGGGCUUUGUCGUAGAGAGGAUUGGCUUUAUCGAGUGUUCCUUUGUUGGAUGGUAAGGCUGAUAAUCUGUGAUAGAUGGCGCUACGGGUAUUUGUUUGAUGACAGUGGGUGGGUAGUUAGAUUUUGUGUUGAUGUAAAGCGGCUCGUCGUUCGGUUUUCUGAAUGGUUGGAAUAGACCGUUCGUCAAGUUGAGUGUGAUAUCGAGGUAAUCAACUGAUUUUAAGUUGCUUUGGAUUGUUAUUUUCAGUCCGUGUUCCUUGAAGCACCUUGCUAUUUCUUUCCGUGUCCUUUCUGCCUGAGGUCCUGUUCUGUUCUUGAAAAUGGCGAGUCCGUCGUCCCUGCAAAGUCCGAUGUUGUUUGUUCCGUAUUUGUUUGCGAGGUCGUUCAAGAUGAAAAGUCCGACUAGUUCACAUACUUCUGCGCCGUCAAAGCUUCCCAUUGUUACGUCAAACACACCAUCGUUGUCCUUUUUCACCCAGGGUGACCUGUUGUGGAGUAGGAUUGAUUUUCUGGAGUGCAUGGUAAUAUCGGUGUUUUGGUUGGUAUCUUGGUUUGUUUCUUGGCGAAGUGGAUAGCGUUGGUUAGUUGUUUUUCAGAUAUGGAAUGGUAGAAGCUCUCGGUGUCGAAUACGGUGAAGGUGUGUAGAUGCUUGUCUGGAAAAUUUUUGAACCAAUCGAUAACAGAAGAGGAGUUUUUCCAUUGGUUGAGUGACGUUUUGUUUCUUACAUCGGUGUUGAUUCUUUGGAGUAUUUGUUUACUUAUUCGACCUAUUUCGCAUUUGGCUGGGUUGAUUAGUCUGCAGGUUGGAUUAUUUGUGAUCUUUGAGCGAUAUGAAGGCUUGUCGUUCUGCUAUGCGUUCGGUUCGGUCUUGGAUGUCUAGUAGUGUUGCUAUGGCUUUUGCUUCUUGGCUAAUACUGUGAAUAAUGCCCUUGCUCGCCUUUUUAUAGGUUGUCGUUAUGCUGUUUUGUAUUGGUUUUUCGUGCUGUGUUUUGUCUAGUUCGUAGAGGUUAGUUGUUCUGUCAGCGGGGAUGAAGGCUUUGCUAGAGCUUUUGAUUCUUUGUAUGUCCUUAUUUAGCCGGGUUUGAAAUUUUUCUUGUGUCUUCUGAAUUGAAUGUUGUUUACCAUGUCCAUGAGGUCAGCUUGGAAUCUAUCCAGAUCUUCAUGUCGAGGGGGGUAUUUUCGGGAUUUAAAUCCGUAUUUAUCGUCGGUUUCGGUUUCGGCAUCGGCGUCGUGUGUUGGUUGAAUUCUUUCAUCGGAGUUGUUUCCGUGGAGAUGAGCUUUCCAUCACAUUCGUUUGAUGACGCUUUUAACGUUUUCGAUUAGACUUUUUAGGUAGGAGUGCAUUGGAGGUAUAGGUAUGUUCUUCAUAUGUAUAUAUUCAUCACUCGAUGAAGAAAAUAACUCAGUUAUUCAAUUUGAAUAAUAAAAACCAUAUGAAUAUAAAAGCGAUCUUCGCAGUAAUGAGCAGGAGUUUGCCCAAAGAUUGAUUGAAACGUAGAAGUAUUUAAAUACCAUUAUAGACCCCCGGCAAACCUCACCCAUAUUCGUCUCAAAUCUUCCCAGGGGCGGAGAAACGCGCCUCUUGUAGCGCUACGAUCAUUAUAAGGAGCUGCUCGAAAUAAAAAAAUGUUCAGAAGAAGGUAGAGACACAGAGAUAGCAAUGUGUGUUCUCUAACUUACAGAAAAAGAAAGAGAAAGACUUACUAUAAUCUUUGCGUAUCUUGACCACAAGGUUUCCUUUUAAAAAUAAUUUGGCUAGCAGGGUGGAAUUCUUUAUUGUUCUAGGUAUUAUUCAUCAACUUUGAGAGUGAAAGGAGACUCUUAGUCAAGCAAUGAUUUUUCUCUUGCAGAUUGUGCCUCAUUCGCAUCAAGUUACAGAGAAGAAGCAAGAAAAGGAAACACUCUUAAGCACUCAGCGGAUCAGUACACAUCUGCUCAAGGUUUGCAUUUGGAAUUUUCAAUCUGUUGAUUAUAACUAAAGUGAAGGGGUUUAUCUAAAGAAACGAAGUAUAUCAUGUCAGAUUAUUUUUGUAAAUUACUUUUUUUUCCCAAAAAUUUAUUUCAAGUGGGAGUAGUCUAAACCCAGAAUAUAGCAACAAUGGAAGCAAAAAGCUUAGAGCUGGAGAUGACACAAGUGAGAGGGAGAAGUGUAAAUCUGAUUUAAUAUGCAAAGAUAACGAUGGUCAAUCUUCCAAUCUUACAAUCAUUCUGAUGACCAGCAAUUUAAAAGCUUUCUACACAGACCGUAAAGAAUUAAAAAAAUAUAAAUCUGGGAAAUAUGGCAAAAACUUAUUUGAAUUUUUAAGAGGUGAUGCUUCGUUUACAAGACAAGACUGACCCGAUUCUAUUUUGCGAUCGCUUAAGCGGCCAGUUUACCUAAGUUUUAGGCGACUUUAGCGCAUUUCGAUUGUCCACAGAAUCGGAAAUGCUAAAGAAGGGAAUGAAUGGAAAGAAUUGUGGAAUAUCAGUUUGGAUUGCCUAUAGGCGAACUGGAAGAACAUUGGCUUAACUUGUUUCAUCUCAACUCAAGUAGAAGGGUCAUUCUCAAUUUUCAGAAAUCAUCAGUAUGGUUGUUAAUCGACCAGGAGUUUGCCCAAUGAUUGAUUGAAACGUAGAAGUAUUUAAAUACCAUAAUAGGCUCAUUGAAAUGCUGUUUAUUUUGAUACUUUUUUUCCGUUGGUCGAAAAUAGUAUAUUUUUUUCUCACAGUGUCACGGUGCAAAUCAAUGGCUUCUUCUUUGAAGUUCACCGAAGAGCAACUCAACUACCUCAAGAUUUGUUUGAUUGUCGCUGAUGAACUAACUGGAGGCCUGCGGGAAAUCUUUAAACGAGAAUGGGACAAUCGCUACAAGACAACCCUGGGAGAAUGGAAAGAUGAACCAAAAAAUGGAAUGGACUUUUGGAACGGAGAAUCGUGUCGAAAUAGAAGAAGAUACGCCGCUCUCUGGAAAACUAUGAAAACUGGUAAAAGAGCUGAAUGGGAUUGUACCAUGCUGUUUUAUGCCAUCCUUUAUUCCGAUUGCAUCCACAGUCUCAAUCCAGUUGUUCGAUCAAAUGUG